UUCGUGCGAAGACCUGAGCUACUUCGAAAGUCCAGAGACAUCUAUCUUUGAAUUUCCACUAUAUGAGGCUGAUAAAUAGCUAAGUUAACCCAAGCCCACUUCACUCAUCCCUCGUUCCAAUUUCCAGAUAUCAGCAAAAUGAGACAUCAAUGCUUCAAUUGCAUGAAGUUUCAUCUGUGCUGUUUCAUUUUUCUUGCUACUUUUGCGCUGCACUUGGACCGGGGCUCUUCUGCUACCAAUGAAACGGACAAACUGUCAUUGCUUGCAUUUAGAGCUGCAAUAACCGAGGAUCCGUUCGGGGUGCUGCGCUCAUGGAAUGACACUGUCCACCUCUGCAAGUGGUAUGGUGUUGCAUGUAGUCUCCGGCACCAACGAGUCACUGGGCUGGACCUUCAAUCCAAGAACCUCUCGGGGUCCAUCUCUCCACACAUUGGAAACUUGAGUUUCCUUAGGGAAUUGAAUCUCAGCAACAAUAAUUUUGGUGGUGAAAUCCCUACACAAGCAGGGCAGUUAGGCAGGCUACGUAUCUUUUUUGUUGAGAAUAAUUCUUUGGCGGGUGAAAUCCCGAAGAAUCUGUCGAGUUGCUCCAGCCUUACUUACCUAAGUUUGUUUGGCAACCAACUUACUGGACGAAUUCCCAUCGAGCUUGGUUUGCUGUCGAAGCUUCAGCUCCUCCUGGUAAGUUUUAACAAUCUAAUGGGAAAUAUUCCUGCAUCCUUAGGGAACUUGUCUUCGUUAGAACAACUUUAUCUUGCUCGAAACAACUUAAGUGGAAGUAUUCCCGAAGCUCUAGGAAAUUUGAUCAGAAUAAGAGAGUUUGCUUUGGGAGAAAACUGGCUGUCCGGUUCAAUUCCUCGUGCGAUCCUGAAUUGCUCGUCCCUGGCGUUGUUGGACGUGGUUGAAAAUCAACUGCAAGGAAGUCUCCCAGCAGACAUAGGCUUCACACUUCCCAACCUCGACACUUUCACCAUAUCCUUUAACCAGUUCACCGGACCAAUUCCUCCCUCGAUAUCUAAUGCCACAAAUCUAGUAGAAUUCGAAAUUUCGGUGAACAAUCUUUCAGGGGGCGUGCCUUCUUUGGAAAAUCUGCACAAGCUUCAGUGGUUUUUAUUUACCGCAAAUCAUCUUGGAAGUGGAGGACGCCACGACCUAAGCUUCCUUUGCUCUUUGGGAAAUGCCACUGGGUUGGAAUGGUUGAGGAUAGACGACAACAGUUUCGGUGGGAUUAUGCCCGAUUGCCUCAGUAAUUUUUCGACGACCCUCACUGAGUUGAAUACAGGCGGGAAUCCUACUUUUGGGGAGAUGCCUAGAGAGAUUGGAAACCUGGUGAAUUUGGGAAGCCUAUAUAUGCAUUCCAACGGGCUUUCGGGUGACGUCCCCUUCAAUAUAGGGAACCUUCGAAAUCUAGUUGAGCUGGGAUUGGAGAAUAACAAACUUUCUGGGGUAAUCCCAUCCUCUCUUGGAUAUCUAGAGAAGUUGACUAGGGCAUAUCUUCAUGGGAAUAGCUUUGAGGGAACCAUCCCUUCAAAUUUAUCCAAGUGCCAAAACUUAAUAGAUCUCGACCUUUCUGAUAACAAUCUGAGCGGUACGAUACCUCCAGAGGUUAUAGGUCUCUCAUCAUUGUCGAUUCUUUUGAACUUGUCUCGGAACCACUUGACAGGAGUCCUUCCAUUUGAAGUGGGGAAUUUAAAACUUUUGGCUUCCUUGGAUGUCUCUGGUAAUGUGUUGCGUGACAAAAUUCCAGCCAGCCUAGGCAAUUGUGAAGGAUUGUUAGUUUUGAAAAUGCAGGAUAACUUCUUUAACGGUUCCAUUCCCCAAUCUAUUAGUUCAUUAAGAGGCAUCGAGGAACUAGAUCUUUCGCAUAACAACUUAUCGGGUGAAAUUCCUAAAUUCUUGGAGGCGUUUGACUUCCUGAGAAAUUUGAAUUUGUCUUAUAACGAAUUUGAAGGGACGCUACCAAUCAAAGGAAUCUUUAAGAACAUGAGCGCCACUUUUGUGAUCGGAAAUGACAAGCUCUGUGGAGGAAUGCCCGAAUUUCAGCUCCCUGAAUGUUCUUUUGGUGAUUCCCAAACAAAGAAGUUUGUCCGUAAAUUGCAACUCCCCAUCUUUAUUUUUCUUGGGUUUCUUGGCGUAGUUCUUGUUCUAGCUUCUCUGUAUCUUUAUCGGCUGAAAAGGAAGAGGAAGGAAUCAGUUUCCACUUCAAGUUUGAAUGUAUCUUAUAGAACAAUUGUGCAAGCGACAGACAAUUUCUCUUUAGAAAAAUUGAUUGGUGUUGGUGGUUUUGGAUCUGUUUACAAGGGGAUACUUCAUGAGAAUGGGAACAUAGUUGCCAUAAAGGUGCUGAAUUUACUGCACCAUGGCGCUUUGAAGAGUUUCAUAGACGAGUGUGAGGCUUUUAGGAACAUUAGACACCGCAAUCUUUUAAAGAUACUCACAGUAUGCUCAGGUAUCGAUUAUCAGGGUAAUGAUUUUAAGGCUUUAGUUUAUGAAUACAUGGUCAAUGGAAGCCUAGUAGACUGGCUGCACAGGCAAGAUGAGGGAAACGGCUAUACUAAAAAAUUGAAUUUUGUUCAGAGGAUAAAUGUUGCUAUUGAUGUUGCUUCUGCGUUAGAUUAUCUUCAUCACCAAUGCCAAAGACCCAUGGUUCAUUGUGAUCUAAAGCCUUCCAAUGUCCUCUUGGAUGCUAAGAUGGUUGGACAUGUUGGCGACUUUGGCUUAGCAAAAUUUCUCCUCAAUACCUCCUCUAAUGCUUCAGCCAAUCAGAUGAGUUCUGCUGGUGUAAGAGGAACAGUUGGGUAUGCUGCUCCUGAGUAUGCAAUGGGAAGUGAUGUUUCAAGAGAAGGAGAUGUCUAUAGUUAUGGCGUCCUCCUACUAGAGAUGUUCACAGGAUUGAGCCCAACAAACGAGAUGUUCAAGGACAACUAUAGUAUUCGCAAUUUUGUUGCAGAAGCUGUGCCUGGACGAGUCUUGGAGAUUACUGAUGACAUUCUUCUGCAAGAAAGAGAGAGCUGUAUGAGCCCCGGUGGUCCUCUGUAUGGGCAUUGCAGGACAAAAGACAUAAUUCAAGAGAGUUUGGCGACAUUAUAUGAAAUUGGACUUGCUUGCUCCAUUGUGGCGCCUAGAGAACGGGUGAGUAUCACCGAAGUUGCAGUUCAGCUGCGUUUGAUCAGGAACAAACUCUAUGCAUCUGGUUUCCAUGGAUAAUCAUGACCGGCAAAGAGAUGAAAUACCUUAGCAACGACUGACUGCCCGUGCUCUUUUCAGAAGUCCAGUGUUAUUUAUUUCUGCACUUGCCCAUUGCUCUCGCUUCCUCUCAAUCUUGUGUAAGCAAGCUCAUAUGUAUUUUCAGGUACUACUGAUUGCUGUGAUAUAGGAAUGAUAAACUUGUGCACUACUGAAUGCACAGAAAAAUGAGUACACAGUUCCCA